UCCCCGCCAGCUCUCCCCUCCUCCCUCUCGUCGCGACUUGCGAGCCCAGCCCAUCCCAAAUGGCGCCUCCCUCCUCUUCAUCCGCCCCGCCGCCGCCGCCGUCCUCGUGGGUCAUCCUAGGCAGCAUCGCGCGCAUCUCCGCCGAGGCGGACAGCAGCGACGUCUCCGUCGCGCUCACGGCGCCACCUCGCGUCUCCAUCCUCACCGUCUCCCCGCGCGUCUUCCCCGAGCCCGACCACGACACACCACUUCCCGUUCGUCCUCUGCACCGACCCCUCCGGCCUGCUCCUCCUCCAGGCCAACCUGGGCUGCGCCGAGACCCAAGAAACCAUCCAGCGCCGCCGCAACCACUCCACCUUCCUCAAGUACUGGACCUCGCGCUACUUCGUCCUCGACGCCACCACCUCCUCCGCCUUCCAGCUCCCCGACCCGGAGCCAGCCUACGCCAUCCACCACCAGGCCCAGCUCGGCCUCGCCCUCUCCCCGACCGGCGACGGCCACUACAUGGUCGCCGAGUUCCAGCAGAUCAUCGGCUGCGAGAAAGCCACGCUCCUCUGCUUCUCCUCCCAGCGCGGGGAGUGGUUCGAGAAGAAGGUCGAUUACCCGGUCAAGGCCCGCCCGUGGACUGCCAUCGGCGUCGUCUCGCACCUCGGGAGGCUCUGGUGGAUCGACCUCUCCUGGGGCGUCAUCAACUUCGACCCCUUCACCAACAGGCCCGACCUCGGCCUCGUGCCCUUCCCGCCGGGAACGGUGCUCGACUGCAGGGAGGGGUGGGGAGUCACCGACAAGUACCGGUACGUGGGUGUCAGCGCCGGCAAGCUGCGCUUCGUGGACACGUACACUCGCGGCGGAGGCACUCCCAAGGUCGCCGUCUGGACGCUCGCCGAUCCUGACUCCACGGAGUGGACGCUGGAGCACGAGGCCACCUUUACUGAGAUCUGGGCCGACAAAACCUACAAGGCCACCAGGAUGCCCAAGAAGAUUCCCGUGCUUGCGCUCAUCCACCCCAAGAACCCCCGCGUCGUCUACUUUGUCCUGGACAAGAACAUCUUCGGCGUCGACGUGCGCACGCGCAAGGUUGUGGAAUGCAAGGUGUAUGGCCUAGUUGCGCCGCCGAGCUGCCACAUGGCCAGCCGAUUCCUUCGCGCUUGGGAGUUGCCGCACCCGCUCCCCUCUGGAAUGAAUAAGUGGUGUAAGGGCAUCAACGCGGCUGAAAAAGCUAAAGGACGACUAUCCCAUCCAUCGCCAGGGGACUACCACUUGGUGGGAAUGACAAUGCAGACUUUCAUAGGAUGAACUGAUGGAGGAACAUGAAGCAAGUAUUUCUGUCUAACUUUUCUUCUUGGGAAUCUCGAUAAGAUCAAUCUGUAUGAUCUUGAUCACUACUUUACCAAUAGUGCUAAUGUUCUUCUGUCAAAUUUUCCUUUGAUCCAGGUGUAGUGCUCAGUUCAAGUUAUGCCGAGUCCUGGUUACCUGCAAGUUUAGGCAUCUUCGCGCAAAGUAUCUUAAGCUGUCUCUUUUUUUGGUCUAUCAGAAUCAGAUGGGAAAUGCUGCUGGAACACUAUCGGCUAUAAAUUCUUAGUUGAACUAUCUCGUAAUGUUUCUUUUAAUGGUUGAUUUCAGUACCGGCCGCGGGCCUCUGAAUCCAGACAUCUUAACUCGAUGCUUCACUGAGUUUUGUCAGUGAUGUUCCAGUGACACUGUUGAACUCCAAAUCUAUGCUGCUCUUGUUCAGCGAUUGAUUGCUGCUCCAA